AUGUCCACCACCGAACAAGCCACCGUUGCAGCUGGCUGCUUCUGGGGUGUCGAGCACCUAUACCGCAAGAACUUUGGCAACGGCAAGGGCCUGCUGGAUGCGCAAGUCGGAUACUGCGGCGGAGAUACUUCAGACCCCUCCUACCGCGCCGUAUGCAGCGGCAAAACCGGCCACGCCGAAGCUCUUCAAGUUACCUUUGAUCCUUCUCUCGUCUCCUACCGCCAGCUCCUCGAAUUCUUUUACCGUAUGCACGAUGCUUCAACCCUGAACCGACAGGGUCCGGAUGUCGGCACCCAGUACCGCAGUGUUAUCUUCACGCAUGGCGCGGAGCAGAAGAAGAUUGCAGAUGAGCUCACCAAGAAGGUUAGCGAGGAGUGGUAUAAGAAGCCUGUCUCGACUGAGGUCGUGCCUGCGGGUCAGUGGUACAAUGCCGAGGAUUAUCACCAGUUGUAUUUGCACAAGAACCCGACGGGCUAUGAAUGCCCUGCACACUUCGUGCGCGACUUCCCUCCUCUUUCGGACUGA